UUCCACCGAGAAGCUGGAAGCCUACAGAAUCAGCCUACCCGUCAAUCAAACGGAACAGGCCAAUAGAUCAUUCCAGAACCCCGUCCACGUGGCGCCACCUAACCUCACUCUCUUCCCCCAGGAAACCUUUUUAUCUCCACCUCGUCACUCUCUUCUUCUCGGCAAACCCAAUAUCUCUCGAGUCUCGACUGUCUCUCUAGCCAGCCUAUACCAGCUUCUCUCAUUUCUGCGAUCAUUUCAAAACUAAACCCUCUGAGCUUCUUCUAUGGCGUGCUCUGCUCAAAUCAACGUCCUGGGCACUCCCCCGGGUGCUUCACUCCCAAGGACGCUGUUUUUAGGUCAGAGAUUGGGACAAACGGCGCCGUUGCGGGGCUUCGUCACCCUACGAUCCAACGGCGCUGCUCGAAGGGCGGGACCGCUCCGCAUAGUAAACGAGAAAGUUGUGGGGAUCGAUUUGGGGACGACUAACUCCGCCGUUGGUGCUAUGGAGGGUGGUAAGCCCACCAUAGUGACCAAUGCUGAGGGCCAGAGAACCACGCCGUCCGUCGUCGCUUACACUAAGAGCGGCGAUAGGCUCGUCGGUCAGAUCGCAAAACGACAGGCCGUUGUGAACCCGGAGAACACCUUCUUUUCGGUGAAGAGGUUUAUUGGGAGGAAGAUGUCUGAGGUUGACGAAGAGUCUAAGCAGGUCUCCUACAAGGUUGUUAGGGAUGAGAAUGGGAAUGUUAAGCUUGAUUGUCCUGCUAUUGGCAAACAGUUCGCCGCCGAAGAAAUCUCUGCUCAGGUUUUGAGAAAGCUUGUGGACGACGCUUCAAAGUUUUUGAAUGAUAAAGUCACCAAAGCUGUGGUUACUGUGCCUGCUUACUUUAAUGAUUCUCAAAGAACUGCUACAAAAGAUGCUGGCCGUAUUGCUGGGUUGGAUGUUCUGAGGAUCAUUAAUGAACCUACUGCUGCUUCCCUAGCAUAUGGUUUUGAAAAGAAGAACAAUGAAACUAUCUUAGUAUUUGACCUUGGAGGUGGUACUUUUGAUGUCUCAGUGCUGGAGGUCGGUGAUGGAGUGUUUGAGGUGCUAUCUACUUCUGGAGAUACGCAUUUGGGUGGUGAUGAUUUUGAUAAGAGGAUUGUGGAUUGGCUUGCUGCGGAAUUCAAAAGAGAUGAAGGAAUAGAUCUAUUGAAGGAUAAACAAGCCCUUCAGCGGCUGACAGAGACAGCUGAGAAGGCCAAAAUGGAGUUGUCAUCUUUAACGCAGACAAAUUUAAGCUUGCCUUUCAUUACUGCGACUGCAGAUGGCCCCAAGCACAUUGAGACAACACUUACAAGGGUCAAGUUUGAGGAGCUGUGCUCUGAUCUCCUUGACAGACUUAAAACACCAGUUGAAACUUCGUUGAGGGAUGCAAAACUCUCCUUUAAAGACCUAGAUGAGGUAAUACUUGUUGGUGGCUCAACCCGUAUACCAGCUGUUCAGGAGCUUGUGAGGAAGUUAACCGGAAAGGAACCAAAUGUUACAGUCAAUCCUGAUGAAGUUGUUGCCCUUGGGGCUGCAGUUCAGGCUGGUGUAUUAGCUGGAGAUGUGAGUGACAUCGUAUUGUUGGAUGUGACACCACUGUCACUGGGUUUGGAGACUCUGGGUGGCGUCAUGACAAAGAUCAUCCCAAGAAAUACCACUCUCCCUACCUCUAAGUCGGAGGUGUUCUCAACGGCUGCAGAUGGGCAGACAAGUGUGGAGAUUAAUGUCCUUCAAGGGGAGAGAGAAUUUGUUAGAGAUAACAAAUCUCUUGGCAGUUUCCGUUUGGAUGGUAUCCCGCCUGCACCACGUGGGGUUCCUCAAAUUGAAGUAAAGUUUGACAUUGAUGCCAAUGGUAUUCUCUCGGUAUAUGCUGUUGACAAGGGCACUGGCAAAAAGCAGGACAUCACCAUUACUGGUGCGAGCACAUUGCCCAAUGAUGAGGUACAAAGAAUGGUUAAUGAAGCAGAGAAGUUUGCAAAGGAGGACAAGGAGAAGAGAGAUGCCAUUGACACAAAGAACCAGGCAGAUUCCGUUGUCUACCAGACUGAGAAGCAGCUGAAGGAACUGGGAGACAAGGUUCCAGCCCCAGUUAAAGAGAAGGUUGAGGCAAAACUCGGAGAACUCAAGGAAGCUAUUUCUGGGGGUUCAACCCAAGCUAUUAAGGAUGCCAUGGCUGCUCUCAACCAGGAAGUCAUGCAGCUUGGACAGUCCCUUUAUAACCAGCCUGGUGCCCCUGGUACAGGCCCAACAGCACCCGGUGCUGAAGCUGGGCCUUCAGAGUCAUCAUCAUCAUCCGGCAAGGGACCUGAAGGAGAUGUUAUCGAUGCAGAUUUCACCGACAGCAAGUGAGCAUAUAUUUUGGAUAGAUAGUGGUUUUCUUUUUUGUUUUUCUUGCUUACUAAAUGUGUAUAAUAGGAGAACCGAGAUGGGCAGGAUCCGAUGGGGUAGUUGGGGUUGGUUGGGUUCAUUUUUGUUUGGACGAGAAUGGGAAAUAUUGUUGCUAGAAGAUAGAGGAUUAGUUACUUUACUUGAAAUUAAAUUAGAUGAAGAUAGCAAGAUGGUGGAUUGAUUAGUUUGAGCAGCAUCCCCGUUUAAAUGCUGAACAGUGACGUUAACUGAGGAGUGUGUAUCUUGCUUCUACCCAAUAAUAAUCCCUACUCCUUUUGGGCCUUGCCAUA